AUUGAAAAUUUUGAAAAUAGUAACGUUGUUGCACCUAUCUUCUUUAUUUUGUUUCUUUCUAAAUCCCAUCAAUCAUUUCAAGGGAGGAGAUUUAUUCGUGGCGUUGGCGACUAAAGAGAGGAUUAUUUGUAUCUACAACAAAUCUAUACAUACAAAAUACAACUACUGCAGCUCUCCCCCACUCAAGAUUACCCAAUUAUCUCGCAGACCUGAUGUAUGUUGUCUCCCUCCCUGAAGAAAUUGUGUAGUCCUGUUUCAAUCAGAAGAAUAACAGUAGUUCUUUGAGGGUUUAUUCUUGAUUGUGUGGCAAUGGCGACAAAUGAAAAUCUUCCUCCGAAUGUUAUAAAGCAGCUUGCCAAGGAACUGAAAAAUCUUGACGAAACUCCUCCCGAGGGCAUUAGAGUGGGUGUUAAUGAUGAUGAUUUUUCAACCAUUUUUGCUGAUAUAGAAGGACCAGCUGGGACACCUUAUGCCAAUGGUGUUUUUCGGAUGAAGUUAAUACUUGGUCAUGAUUACCCGCAUUCUCCUCCCGCAGGCUAUUUUUUGACCAAGAUUUUCCACCCGAACGUCGCACCAAAAAAUGGUGAGAUCUGUGUCAACACGUUGAAAAAGGAUUGGAACCCUGGUCUUGGCUUAAGACAUGUUCUUAUUGUCAUUAGAUGCUUACUGAUUGAACCAUUUCCGGGAUCAGCUUUGAAUGAGCAGGCCGGAAAGAUGCUGCUUGAUGAUUAUGAAGAGUACGCUAGAUAUGCCAGGAUCUACACUGAUUGUCAUGCUAUAAAGCCAAAACCAAAGUUUAAAAAUGGAGCAAUUUCUGAGUCGACCACUGCUUUAAAUGUUGGCCAGACCAACACCUCAGUUCUUAGCACUGAACAGAAGAAUGGUGCAACAGGCGCUGCAGUUCCAUUGCCAUCUCCAUUGGCCCCUACUACUAAUACUGUGGUCAAAGGAAGUCAAGACCAGUCGACAAAUGCUGCCUCCAGUACAGUGACAGAUACGGGAAUUAGUGGCUCGGCAACUUCUUCACUGGCGCCAGUGAUGAAAAAUAAGGAAAAUGUUGGGUUGCCCAAGGUUAAUGCAGACAAGAAGAAGAUCGAUGCAAGAAAGAAAAGCUUGAAAAGAUUAUAAUGAUAGCAAGUGAAAUAGUUGCAUCAGUGACUGGAUUCUCUUUUCCCUUGUAUUUGUAUGAUGGAUCGAUGAGGAAAACGCCACCCGAUCUUGUGUAGGGAUGAAAUGAAUCGACUUGUUUCUUUUUUAUGUAAUGUAAUUGUCAUUCUGAUAUGUACUUUGGUUAUUACAAAUUUAUAAGAACCUUGGUGGUUGAGCAGAUUUUUCUUCUCC